AUGUACGUGAAUUACUGGGCACGUGACUCUCUGUUCACGUGGUAUGUGUCCGGCUCCGUCAGGCCGGAAGGUGGGCAUGGGCGCGUUCCUAUGGCCAGGGGACCACCCUCAGGAGGUUGCACAAUUAUGAAAGACUCGGCUUCUGCUGCUGCUGCUUCUAGCACUGGAGCCAUGUUAGUUCUGAGGGCCUAUCCCUGGGCUGUUCUUGUCCAGCGGCUUUUGCUGCUGCCUUUGGAGAUGCUUCCCGAUAAACAGCAGCAGACUCGGAGGAACAAGAGGAGGAGGAAGAAGAGGAGGAGUUGCUGCUCUUUCGGAUUCCGCCCUGUGAGGAUAAUAUCCCAGAAAUCCUGGUUAGAAAAUACUUUGACCAAGAGGGAAUGUGUUUAUGUUAUACCAAAUUUAAAGGAUCCUCACAGGCACCUUCCAGAAUGUCAGAUUUGUCAGCAGCUUCUCAGUUGCCUCUGUAGUAGCUUGGUCAGAGGUAAGUAUGUGAGACCUCCAUAUGACACCAAAUCUGAAAUCAUUGUCCAGCUUUUGCUUAAAGAGUGGCAAAUGGAAUUGCCCAAAAUUGUUAUUUCUGUACAGCAAAAAUUUGAACUUCAUCCACGAAUCAAGCUAUUGCUUGGGAAAGGUCUUAUUAAAGCUGCAGUAACAACCGGAGCCUAGAUUCUAACUGGAGGAGUGAAUAUGGGUGUGGCAAAGCAUGUUGGUGAUGCUCUCAAAGAACAUGCUUCUAGAUCAUCUGGAAAGAUUUACACUAUUGGAACAGCACCGUGGGGAGUUACCGAAAACAGGACCGAUUUUGUUGGAAGAGAUGUGAUUGCCCCUUAUCAAACUUUCUUGAACCCUUUGAGUAAAUUGAAUGUUUUGAACAAUCUCCAUUCCCAUUUCAUAUUGGUGGAUGAUGAUACUGUUGGAAAGUAUGAUGCUCAGAAGUGCGAUUCAGAUGAAAACUGGAGAAAAUUAUCAACGAAGAAUUCAUGUAGAAUUGGUCAAGGUGUUCCUAUGGUGGGUCUCCUUUUUGAAGGUGGACCCAAUGUUAUCCUUACAAUUUUAGAAUAUCUUCAAUUAAGUCCACCUAUCCCAGUGGUGGUUUGCCAACGUACAGGUCGAACUGCAGACAUACUGGCUCAUGUUCAUAAACAAACAGAAGAAGGAGGAAAUCUUGAUGCAACAGAACCUGAUAUCAUUUCAACUAUCAAAAAGACAUUCAACUUUGGCCAGAGUGAGGCUGUUUACUUAUUUCAGACAUUGGUGGAAUGCAUGAAAAAGAAAGAACUUAUAACUGCUUUCCACAUUGGGUCAGAUAAAUAUCACGAUAUAGAUGUUGCAAUACUUACAGCACUGCUAAAAGGUACUAAUACAUCUGCAUUUGACCAACUUGUUCACACAUGGGAUCAAAUUGAUAUUGCCAAAAAUCAUGUAUUUGUUUAUGGACAACAGUGGCUGGUUGGAUCUUUGGAACAAGCUAUGUUAGAUGCCCUUGUAAUGGAUAGAAUUGCAUUUGUAAAACUUCUUAUUGAAAAUGGAGUAAGCAUGCCCAAAUUCCUUACUAUUCCUAGACUAGAAGAGCUUUAUAACACAAAACAAGGCCCAACUAAUCCAAUGCUAUUUCACUUCAUUCGAGAUGUUAAACAGGGGAACCUUCCUCCAGGAUAUAAGAUAACUCUGAUUGAUAUAGGACUUGUCAUUGAACAUCUUAUGGGAGUAACUUACAAAUGCACUUUUACUAGAAAACAUUUCCAAGUAAUAUACAACAGCCUCGGUGGGAAUAAUUGGAGGCCUGGACGAAAUACUUCCAGCAGCACUCCUCGGUUGUGA